AUGAAGUUCUCUGCUCUUCUCGUCUCCGCUGUCGCCCAAGUGGCCACUGCCCAUUACUUCUUCGACACGAACAUCGUCGGUGGUGUCCAACAGCCUGCCUUCAAAUAUGUCCGCCAGUCGACUCGUGCAACCAAGUACAACCCGAUCAAGUUCUCGUCCAACCCUGCGGCUGAUAUCCGCGAUGGAUGUUGGAGCAUCGUCCCAUCACCAAACCGUGACAAUGGAUCACACGCCGACGGUCCUGAUAUCCGUUGCAACCAGGGUGCCUUUUCGUCUGCCGGCAAGACCCAGGUCUUGACCGUCAACGCCGGUGAGGAGAUCCGCCUCAAGUUGGCCGUCGGCGCCAAGUUCCAGCACCCCGGCCCCGGUAUGGUCUACCUGUCCAAAGCCCCUGCAGGUGUACAAGCCUACGAUGGAUCCGGCGAUUGGUUCAAGAUUUACGAGGAGGGUGUCUGCGACGGCGGCGACUUCACCUCUACCGCCUGGUGUGAUUACAACAGGGACUUCAUUGCUGCGAAGGUUCCCAAGGAUACCCCCAACGGAGAGUACUUGGCACGCUUUGAGCACAUUGGUGUUCACCGCUCUCACGUCAACCAGCCCGAGCACUAUGUCUCAUGCUUGCAAAUCAAGGUCCAGGGCGGCGGCAGCGGCACCCCCGGUCCCAUGGUCAAGUUCCCUGGAGCAUACAAGGCCACUGAUCCAUAUGCCAAAUUCAGCAUCUACAACGGUCGCAAGGCAUUCCCCAUGCCAGGACCAGCUGUCUGGAAGGGAGGAGCUGGUAGCAGCAGCAGCAGCCCUGCACCUGCCAAGGAAGAAGUCCCAGCCGCCGCCAAACCUACCACCAUGGCUACUGUUGCCGUUCCUGCCGCGACCCCUGCUCCAGCUGCUGGCGGGGCUGGUUGUGCCACUCUUUACGGACAGUGCGGUGGACAAGGUUUCUCUGGAUCCAAGUGCUGCGCCGCAGGCACUUGCAAGUCCAUCAACACCUACUACUCCCAGUGCCAGAACUAA